UUUCUGUUAACGAGUCUAGUAGGUUACUCUGUGAAUAUGUGGUUUAGAAGUGUGAUUGAAGUUGUUUCACUAUUAUAUGUUUUACAAACGGUUUGGGCCAAACCAUUCCUCUACAACGCACCUAUCGCACUAACAAACUUGGCAACAUCAGCUUCAGCUUCAGCUUCGAGUCCUCCAGGUCCAGUAACCAAUAUCGCAGAUUUAACUAGAAGGCAAGAUAAAGCAGAGAAGCUACAAGCGGAAAAACAAAUAGUGGAAAAUGAUAACUUCCAUUUCGAUGAUGAUAUUGAUGAGGACAAAAAUGAAGCAUCUCCGAGUUUGUUCCAGAAGAAAUUGAACAAAAUAUUAGCCAAAAUUAGAUUUAUAUCCACUAUAUCAACUGUUGUACGAGGCAACAAUCACAGUAAUGAAGGAUCAUCUGAUACCCAAGACAACAAUCCUGAAGAAUUUGAAAUCGAUACAAAGAAAACAGAAAAUACGACUCCUUUGAUCAGUGAACAACAAACCUUCCAGAAAGUUAUUUACCCUAAUAGAAACUACGGAGCUCCUCUCAAACUGAAUUUGAAGAUAGGUGGAGACCCAGGGAGUACGGAAAUAACAGAGGAAGAGAACGUUGGAGAUAAUGCGUCAGCUGGAAGGAUCGGACACAUCGGGGUGUUCUUUGCUGAGAUCUUAGGAAGUAUUGUAGGUCUUGCUUAUGGAGCUGCUGCGCAUUUGAAUAAUGUGAUACAGGCACAGAAUCCGAAAGUUUGAUUGUUAGAAAGUAAUGAAUUUUGAUUAUUUAAAAACACUAGUCUAGAGUGGUCAUGGCUUGCUUCUCACUGGGAUUCUUGACUAUUUCAUGCUGAACAAUUUUUAUUUUACUUCAGCUAAUAAGUGCAUAAUGAAAAUGUAUCUACCAGAAUGCCUUCUUGGUUUUCUACUUCUCCAUAUUGAUUCAAAAAAUAUUGAAAACUUUCAAAAAUAGGAAGGAAGGCACAUGAGUUCAAAUUAAAUUCUACGUUAGAGAUCGAAAUCAAAUAUCUGUAUAAUUGUUUUACGCAGAUUUGUCUCAUCUUGUCAGGAAGUAAUGAUUUUGUUCAAGGAAAAUGCGCGUGUUUUCUUCUUCAGAAGUUCAGAGAGGUAGGUACUAAUUUUUUGUAAGUGGAAUUUUAUAUCAAUAUUCUUCAAUUUAUUGUGCAGUUUUUAUGUUAGUGAUAUCUGUUUCAAUUCCAUAAUAAAUGUUUGUGAUGAAUCAAAUGAAAACAGUAUUUUCUAUGAACUCCAAUGUUCAAAUUGUUUUGAAAGGACUUUUUGUCUUUUUUUCAGUCCGUGUCUGAGAGAAAAUUUUGUACAUAAUUCCCACAUCUUUGUUUAGAGUUAAUUUUGAACUUAAUUGUUUUCAUCCAUUCUUCGGAAGUUUAACAGAUUCUUUAUAUAAAUCUCUCCUGAAAAAUAUACCCGCUCUUAUUUUAAUCGCCACAAAAGAAAUAACCA